GCACUCCGCCGUGCGUUUGUUCCCCUCUCUCAGCCGCCACGAAGUGCCCCAAAGCACCGAUCCGUACCGAGCCAAACCAAGCCAAGCCGAGCCACGGCGUGCGUCUGCGCCCCCAUACACGCCCCCCUCCUCCUCCUCCUCCACCAACACCACCGCCGCCGCCGCCGCCGCCACCACCACUACCACUACUACCCUCUCCAUCUCCGACCGCUCUACUGUGGCAAUGGAGCCGUAACCAACCUCACUGUGCUGAACUGAACCGAGCGUGUGAAACAGCAACGGAUCCGAGGAGACAGCUGAGACCAAGCGGCUAUGGAGGAGAAGCGCAGGGAGGCUGGAGUCUAGACUGCAACGCAAAUCAACACACACACACUUGUCCGGAUUACUUUUUUGUUUUUUUUUGGUUUGUUUUUGUGCAACAUUUUUUUUGAACUACAAAACCAACAAUUAGAGCAGGGAUAUUUUUUUUUCUUCUUCUUCUUGUAUUUUAUCUGAUCAUCUUAGUCUAUCAUUGCACAGCGAGGAUGCAGGGGAAGGAGACGAGCUUUUGCACGGGAUGCUGGAGACUAACGCUGCUGUCGUGCGUCCUGGCUCUGCACUUGAUCCCGCUGUCUGUCCACGCAUGAUCCUCUCUGUGGAUUCAGGGUACCUAAACACACUCCCACAGGGCAGUCAGAAAGGAGGGAACGUUGUGGGGAUCAAUGCCACUGAGCCGGACAGCGCGGCCAAUGUUACCUCCCUGCUUAACGAGGAGGAGGGGCCUGUCAAGGUCAACAAGGUCAUCGCCGUGACCAGGAUGAGCAGCUCAGCCAGUCCUGACACUGUCAAUCCUGUGACCCAGAGGGCGGGCCGGAUCCCCCGCGCUGGCGAGGAGGAGGACCAGAGCAGCGGCAUGUUUGGUGAAACAAUGGUUCCUGUGGUGGAGGAAGUGGGCGUGGCAGCCCCGCCUCAGCUCAUCCCUGAUUCGGCUGAGACGGAGCACCUGCUGCCUGGCACUCCGCCCAAACAGGAAGUCAUGGAGGGCGAGGAGGAGGACGAAGAAGAGGAGGUGCGUCUGCCACGCACCGAGCCGCCUUGGAUCCACGGCAAGGACACAGCCAUGUUUGACCUGGAUCACCUUUUCACCACCACCACCGCCCCACCCUCGCCCGCCACCAACCCCUCUAACCCUGAUGUCCUUCAUGUGGACUUCUUUGACCCCUCCUCUCGUGGACGCAGCCUUGACCUGGCCACGCCCUCCACUUCAUCACUGGCCCACGAGCUUCAGGGUGGCGACCCGACCUCCUGGGCGAUGCCAGACAACUACGACUACCUCACGCCCUACGAGGACGGCGUGUCCCCCACUGCUGAUGAGUACACCUACAGCACCACAACCGACGCCUACGAGAGCGAUGAAGACCUCAGGAUGUCCGCUGGGUCUCCAGCUCGCUCCAGGCCCCGAGUCCCAGGAUCAGGCUCCUUUCCUGGCGCGGGAGCUCCGGUACCAAACGUCCCUGCGGCGGUUCCUCCGGCGGCCUCACCUGUGGAUGGGUCAGACGGGAUGGGCGGAUGCCGCGUGGGUUACCAGUUGGUGAACGGAAGUUGCCGCUCACCCUGCGACAUGCUGCCCAACUACUGCUUCAACAGCGGACAGUGUUACCUGCUGGAGGGCAUGGGAGUCUUCUGCAGAUGUAACGUCCAGGAUUACAUCUGGCACAAGGGAGCUCGCUGCGAGUCGGUGGUGACCGAGUUCCAGGUGAUGUGUCUGGCCGUGGGCGCCUCGGCUCUGGUGGUUCUGCUGCUCUUCAUGAUCAUCGUCUGCUUCGCCAAGAAGCUCCACGUGCUCAAGACGGAGAACAAGAAGCUGCGCAAGCGGAGUAAGUACCGGCCUUCAUCGGAGCAGCACAAUGAUAAUUUCUCGCUGUCCACCAUCGCUGAGGGCUCCCACCCAAAUGUAAGGAAACUGUGCGACACCCCUCCUAACGUCCCUCAUGCCCGUGCAUUGGCUUACUAUGAUAACAUUAUCUGUCAGGAUGAUCCUAAUUCCCAGAACAAGCUGGAGGACCCGGUGAAGGCACCGUCCAAGGAGGAUGACUCCCUCAACAUCCACAACUCUCUGACCCCCAAACACGAGAACCACAAGGUCCUGGGCGAGGAGAACUCCUCGGAGGUAAACUCACUGCAGAACAACAUGAUGUGAAAACAAAACAAAAAAACAAAACAACCCCAGCAACCUGACAACACGACACUGAAAACGACAAGGUGCGCCGGCAACGUGAGCCCCAAACCCCUCCCUGCUCUCCGUCCGUCCGUCCGUCCGCCCGUUGCCGAGUGCGCCUAACCGGUCAACCAACCAACCAACCAACCAACCAACCAGCCUGCCAACGUACCAGCCAACCAACCCAGUCUGCAACCGUCUCCGACACGGCAACACUGCCACCAAGCGGCCCAGGCCGCUGCAAAAAAAACGUACACCACCACCGCCGCCGACACCACCACUGCCCCCCCAGCUGAGAGUAACCCUGCCCCCCCCAAAAAACCGCACCCCUGCCGCCGUCUUGCAACUUCCCCCCUUACAUCCACUCAUGCCCCUGUUUCGCAGCCCCGCCCCCCCCCCCCCCCCCCCCCCCCCCUUGUUGCUGUCACUCUAUCUCUCUUACCUGCACACACACACGCACACGCACACACACACACACACACACAUAAGAAGCAUACACAUACAGUGAAAAGAUGAAAACAUAAAACACGCUUAUAUGUAUACACACAUACACACCUUCCCCUGCCUGCAUUGGUGUAUUUUGUAAAAAGAAAGAAAUCAUACAGAAGUUUAAAAAGUACGUAAAAUGUCAUUGUAAAGAAAAAAAAAGUUAAGAUAAAGCUACUGAGAGGUUUUGAUGUUUGUCUGACUAAUCCAGUGAGUAUGUAUAAAUAUUGGAAAAAAAAAAAAAAAUUUGCUUGGAUUGAUUUAAAAAGAAGCAACACAAUGUGUCUUGGUUUUCAUUGAUGUGAUUUCUAAUCCUUUGAUGUACUUGUUUUUUUUUUGUUUUUUUUUUUUUGUACUUUUUUGGGACUUCAACCAGAGAAUAAACAAACGAGAUUCAGACAGUUGUUGAAAUAAACCUUUUUAACAUGA